UAUGUGAAAACGGUGUUUCAAACUAAAAAGAAUAAGUAAAAUAAUAAAACCAUUAAAAUAAAUUAUUGUUUAACUAUUAAGAACUACUAUGAAAUUAAAACUUGCAUCUUCAUUCUGACACUUUGUUCUCCUCCUCUGUCCACCUCAACAUAAAUGCCUCGUAUUCUGUGUUGUGGUUUAAGCUGAGGUUUUUCUCAAGGUUUGUUGUGUUGCCACAACUCAAUAGUUUAGUUACUUUGUGUUCUUUCUUUAGUCUCAUCAUGAUAUACGACUGGAGUACCGAAAGUAUCAAUAUUUUGAUAUGAGAAUCUAUUUUAGGGCACAAAGAUCGGGUAUCGGAAGUAUCGGUAUUUCAGUAUCGAUCCGCACAUCGCUAGCGGGAACCAAGUGGAGAGGAAGGAGGGGACGGAGUGUUUUACUAGGAAGAAGAAAGAGUUUGUGAAGGAGAAGAGGAAGUUUGGAAUACAAAAUGAGGCGUUCGCUGAAUGUCCAGGAAGUCAUCGAGCUGUUGUUUGGAGAGGAAGAGUGUGAGCCUAUUUCAUCUUCAUCGUCCGGAGAGGAGAGUGACGUUGAGGGUGAUGAAGUGACUGACCCGUCCCUUGACAGCGAUGAGGAAAAUGGACCCAUCCACAGAGGGCAUAGGAGGACGAGUCCUAAGAGGUCCAGAUCUCCACAGGCUCAGCCACACCAUCGCUCGGGUCCCUGGAGAACAGGAAAUGACCCCGACACUGCCAAACAAAUCAGCCCGUUCAUGCCACGGAGAACACCGGGAGCCCAGGUGGACGCUCGCGCGGUCUGUUCACCUCUGGACCUGUUCCAGCUCUACUUCUCGCCGACCACAGUGCUAACCCUGUGCAGGAACACCAACCGGUACGCAGCCAACAACAAAGAAAUGGGGAACAAAUCCGAGUGGGCUGAUGUUGAAGUUGAGGAGUUCUACAAGUUCCUCGGGCUCCUUAAAUUCAUGUCGCUGGUGUCACUGCCGAGUAUCGAGGAUUACUGGGCACACAGCGGCAUCUUGUCUGUGCCGUUUCCGGCCAGCGUGAUGGCGUGGGACAGAUUCAGCGCUCUGCUUUGGAACGUCCACCCCAGUGACCCGGAGGAGGACGUGAAAAACGACGAGAAGAAGGGAACACCAGCGUAUGACAAGUUGUUCAGGAUCAAGCCCCUCAUGGAGGACAUCCUCACAGCUUGCCAGGCUCAUUAUCACCCGAGGAAGGAAUUGGCUGUUGGUGAGAGAGUUGUGGCCACCGAGGCAAAAACUGGCACCAACCAGUUCAUGAAUGCCAAACCAGCGAGGCGGGGCAUCAAGCUGUUUGUGUUGGCCGACUCCAGCAACGGCUACACAGUCAAUUUCGACAUUUACAUGAGCAAAGCGCACGCACGCACGGCGCACGGGCUGGCGUACGAUGCUGUGAUGCACCUGAUUCAGCCCUCACACCUUGGAACCGGCUACCAUGUUUACAUGGACAGUUUUUUCACCAGCCCCCAGUUGUUCCUCGACUUGGCCGGCAUGAAGUUUGGAGCCUGUGGAACGUACAGGGACAACAUGAAAGGGUGUCCAACCGGGAGAGAAAAUGCCCUCACCAGCAGAUCAGAGAGGGGCACGGUGAGAUGGAUCAGGGAGGGCUCCCUGGUCUUUCUGAAAUGGAUGGACAAGUUGGAGGUGUCCGUCUGCUCCACGAUCCAUCCUGCGGCUUCUGAGGAGUUUGUCAAGAGGCGUUUGAAGGGGAAAGAUGGACGCCGGGUAGUGAAGAACGUCCCCUACCCCGCCCUGAUCAUCGCGUACAACAAAAACAUGGGCGUUUUUGACCCGUCCAACCAGUGCCAUCCUACCCACCGCAGGACCACGCACUGGUACCGCACCCUCUUUUUGCACCUCGUGGACAUUGCCGCCGCAAACGCCUACAUUCUGCACUGCGACGUCAGCGCCUCAAAUCGGGCGACGCCCAUGUCCCGCAAAGACUUCCACACUGAACUGGUGUCCCAGCUGUGCGGGGCGGACAUGACAGGCGCGCCAACCGACAGGACUGUUGACCACGUCCCUGUUGCCAUUGCCACGGUAACAGAUGCCAGCUUGAAAGCCUCACGGGGCCGCAGGAAAUGCCAACACUGACACCAGGUGGACAAAAUUAGACACGUCACUCCCUGGAAAUGCCAGUCCUGCGACGUGGCUCUGUGUCUCAUUGUGGACAGAAACUGCUUUGUAGAGUGGCAUAGAAGAAAAAACAUCAAUCGCUGAGUAAAUGUGCACCACUGCGUCUAGUUUAAAGUAUUUGUAUGUAUGUAUCUAAUUUUUACAAAUGUUAUUUGUGCUAUAUGGGACUCUGGUAUAUCAAAGCACUGGUAUAGAUCUCUGUAUAAAUUUGUACAAAAGUUAGUUUUUAUGAGAAAUACUUGUAUAUAGAUCUUGUAUAUGUUCAUAUUUGCAACCUAUGGCUCAUUGAAUAUGGUUGUGGUUUUUAUUGUAAUAAACAGUAUAUAUUUUGAAACUGGA